AUGGCUGAAUCACAGCGUCAGAAAAUUGACUAUUUUCAAUCAGUGUCUAAUUGGCAAGAUCAACAAAAAGUGAUUGAUUUUUUGGAACUGUAUGAAUGGGAUCUUGAUUUUGCUGUCGAAGCUUUUUUGACGAACACUGGUGUUUUGAUCGAUUCAGAGGAAACUACGAAUGAUCUACCAAAUGAACCCACUUUACUUCGAACCAAUUCAAGAGAUAUAGGUUUUCGAUUUAAAUCAUUGGAUGAACAUUGGACAGAACAAGAAACACCUUCUGAAAAUCAUCAACAACAAACAUCAGUAAACAAUAGCUAA